UCGUAGACGGAAAAGCAUCGGAAUUUACCUCUUACUCGUUGCAGAUCUCUCUCUCUGUGCGCGGUGGUGAAAGUGAAGCAGACAUGGCGGACGACAAACAAUCGACGUCGAUUCCGUUGACCGAGCACUCGGGACACAGCAAGAGCAGCGGCGGAGGGAGUAAUUCCUCUCUGCAAGACCCCGAGGACAUCGACAAGUCUCCCCCGAGCUCCCCUAAUUCCUCCACUCGCAAGGCUUUCUAUGCUGUCCUUCAGAGUUGGGUCUCAAAGAAGUUCAUGACUGGAUGCGUUGUUCUCUUUCCAGUUGCUGUCACAUUUUUUAUCACUUGGUGGUUUGUUCAGUUUGUAGAUGGGUUUUUCAGUCCAAUUUAUGAAAGACUUGGCAUUGACAUAUUUGGCCUUGGGUUCAUGACAUCGCUUAUCUUUAUAUUCUUUGUCGGUUUAUUUGCCUCGUCAUGGAUGGGAGCCACCGUAUUCUGGCUUGGAGAGUGGUUCAUUAAGAGAAUGCCUUUCAUGAAGCACAUAUAUUCAGCUUCUAAGCAAAUUAGUGCUGCUAUAUCUCCAGAUCAAAAUACAACAGCCUUUAAGGAGGUCGCAAUCAUUCGUCAUCCUCGUCUAGGUGAAUAUGCAUUUGGCUUCAUAACAUCGUCUGUUGUCCUCCAGAGAGAUGAUGGGGAUGAGGAGUUAUGCAGUGUUUACGUUCCUACCAAUCAUCUCUACAUUGGCGAUAUAUUUUUGGUGAAUUCUAAAGAGAUAAUAAGACCUAACUUGUCUAUUCGUGAAGGCAUAGAAAUUAUUGUCUCGGUUGGCAUGACAAUGCCGCAAGUGAUAUCUCCCAUAGAAAGAGUUCCCUAUCAGAGCAACAGGAUGCCUCUCAACAGAAUGACGUGAACGUGAAGGCAGAAAUGUUGCUGAUCCUGCAUUUUUCAAUCAUCUGAAGACAGAAGUAUACUUAUUCUUCAGCUUUUAAGUUUUUGUAUUUUCGAAAUGUCCAUGCUGUUAAUGAGUUGAAAGGCUGGCUUCAGUACAGUGAUUAGAGAAGUACCUCACGUGGUUAUGAUAUGAUAUCAUGCUCCCCGGGCAUUGGUGGUCGAGGAUAGUGGAUCUCGUCCAUGUUGUGUCUGCAAGUAGUUCUGGGAUGGGGGUAGAAGUGCCCUUUGGCAAUCUGAAAUCUAAAGAUGCUGUGAUCUUUUUGCGAGUCUUUUAUCUUCUGUUAGGCCACUGACUACACUACACAUACCUCUUUUUGUUGUACCAUAUAGUUUUCAUUGUAAGAAAGUGGGAAUUCUCUCUC